UCCCCCCAAUCGCAAGUUCAUUCCUUUAAAGCUCCCAACUCUUCUGUUCUCUAUAGCUCUUGAACCUCGAGGUUUCAGAGGCUCAUCGAAGAAGCACAAAAAGAGUUCGGACCAGAGAACUCAGCAUGGGUAUGCAGAAGCCUCAGGUGCUUAUGCUGGUGAUCAUCAUGGUUGUUUUAGUCACUGAGAAACCAUCAGUUAUAGAAGCAAGAACACUUUCCUUAGUAUCUAAUCAAGGGUACUCAAAGAUUUUUGCAACGCUUGGAGUUGUUUGCAAGUGUUGUGAUGGAGUUGGAGGUAGCUGCACAAGUUCUUGGACCGAAUCUUGCAAUAACCUGCAGUGUUUACCAUGGAAAUCACACUAAUUACUUCCUGUAACUUUUAUAAUCUUCCAUUUCCUGUAAUUUUAAAAAAAAGUGUUAGAAUAUUUUAUGAAAUUAUAUGUUAUGAGGUGGAUUUGCGCCGUGUCUAAAUGUGAACGGGUUGAAUUUUGUAAAACUUUUUAGAAGUAUCCGUGGUUCUUCCUUUGAAACACGUCAAGAGCAAUAAUAUAUGAUGACAACUUGUCCA